AUGAAAUUUGAGAUUCAAUAAUCUGUAGCUUUCAUUGCAUUAAAUCUCAGAAAAUAGUAGAAAUAUAUAAAAAUCCUUUCGUUCUCCUUUUUCCAGGUCUAACGGUGGUGCGACUGUGAGCAUGAUGCAGAUUACCGAAGAUACACCCCCAGACAUGUUAGCAGGAGCAAUGGACCUAAUUGUACACCUUCCUACUGGAAGAAAUGUUAAAAUGUCUGUUGAAAGAAGCACGCCGAUGAUGGACCUUUUGGUUCAAAUAACCACCACGCACCAGCUCCAACUUUCUAACUACACGCUGCAAACUCUGGGAAUGGCACCAUCAUCCGAUCGUACCGACAAAAUUCUCCCUUAUACACCUAAUACACCGAUUGGCACCCUAGAUACUCAACACAUCAAGGUAGUACCUAAAACGAGGAGUGUUGCGGUACCAAAGAAUAUUCCACCAGGACAUCAACCAUUUGAAAGUACUUUUAGAUUGAAGGUGCACUUACCUCGAAAUCAAUUGUAUGUAACUCGAGUCAGUAGAAAUGUGCUUCUGGAAGAUAUUAUGAAAAAAGUAUGUGAAGAAAAGAAUUUGGAUCCUAUGAAGUAUGAAUUUAAACAUCCAGGAAACAUCAAUGAAACUUUGGAUCCCAAAUUAACAUUGAGCGAUUAUCAGAUCACCGAAAUUUACGUAGUUGGGAAAGGAACACACAGUCUUACUCAAGCAUUUUCCAGUAGCGACAUUAUGGCAUUAAGAAAAGAAGAAGAGAGAAAGCAAAUGCAUAACAAGACUGGAGGAGGUGUAUUCAACUUAAUAUUUAGGAGAGGAAAAUCGAGUAUGGGCUCAGGUUCAAUCUCCAGCGAUACACGUUCGAUUUCACCGACUCAUAGCGACGAUUCUCGCUCAGUGACACCACCUGCUGUCAUUCAGCAACCUAUUCUGCCACCACCGAAGCAAGAUCCGCCUCCCGAACGACCGAAACCUCCACAACGUAAACGGAGACCCGCUCCAAAACCUCCACAGCCAUCGCCUCCUCAGCAGGAGAUACCUAAAGAGGAAACUGUCGUUGAUGCUGAAGAUUCCAAAGAAUCUCGUAGAAAUUCCGAAGAAAAACCCGCGAGCACCGUUUCAGAAGUUAGUGAGUUGCAGUCGAAAAAAAGCGAAACAGGUUUAGUCAUCUGUCAUUCCAGAAAUAGUUCAGAUAGUUCAGGAUACCAUGAAGCAUCAGUUUUAAGUGACAACUGCAACACGUCGUUGCCACGAAGGCCAAAAUCGGCUUUCGUGGGAAGCGCGGAUAUUGAGAAACUGUCCAAGAUGCAUAGUCAAAGUACUACGAACUUGACAAAAAUGGCUUCACAUUCCAAGAGUACAACAAGUUUAGGCUUAACAGGACGUAAAAAGAAGGCCGCGCCCCCACCCCCACCCGCAGUUAGAGCUUCAAACCCCUCAAUAAAUCUAGAACCCGCUAGUCCCGUAGUUGCUAGUCAAUCAACCACUCCCACAAAAGCUACACCCAGUACGCCACUGGAUCCCCUAGUUGCACCAAAUUUACCUAAGCCUCUUCCUAGGGGCAAAAGUAAGGCUCCGCCAGUACCACGUCCCAGAAGUGAAAUUAUUACUGUGGAAACGAUUAUAGAAGAUAUAGAUGAUACAAUUAACAAACCUCCAAGAGUUCCUAAAAUAGAUAAUGAUAUUGUUGUUCAAGAAGUUAUUAAAGAGGUAGUUUCGGCGGACAUUGAGGUAGAAUCAAAUACAUUAAAAAAAGAUAUAGAAACCGUUGAACAGGAAAUAGAAACAUUGAACGAAGAAAUUAUUAAAGAAAACAAAAGUGAUAUUAGUGAAUUGGAAGAUGUACCCACACCUGAUAAAAGUGAAGAUAUUAAUCAUGAUAAAAACGAAGAUAAAGAUAAAAUUGAAGAUACCGAGAAUACAUCAGAAUCUUUUCAUAGUAGUUUAAUUGUAGUUAUAGAUGCUAAUAAUAACACAAAUUCUAGCAACGUAACAGAAGAUUCUGAAAAAUUAGCAUAUAAUAAAAUAAGGGAAUUGCAAAAAAUAUCACAUGAUCUUCUAUUCUCGUCACCUGCUUUUAAAAGCCAUAAAGAUCAAGAACCGCGUAUAACAAGACCUACAAUAAAAAAUACAAAAAUAGAAGAUGUUAAAGAAGAGAGCAUAUGUGGAGAAGGAAACAAUGUAACAGCAGAUGUGAAGGAAACAGCAUUAACACAAGACAUAGCGACAAUAAAUACAAAUAAAAAUGAUGCAGAAAUACAAGAGAAUAUUACAGAAGAUUGUAAAGAUGAUAAAGCAAUAAAAGAUAUUAAAGAAACAGUAUUACUCCCAGAAAAAGCAACUCAGAAAGACAAUUCAGUAAAUGUCUUGCAAAAUAUAAAAGAAAACGUUGUAGCAACUGCAUUGACCCCAGAGACUAAAAUAGAAGAAAUGCAUAGCAAUGUAAAAGAAGAAUCUAGUGAAUUGGGUCCAGUCUGUUCUGAGCUAUCGGUUUCCAAGAAGCUACCACCCGAAAUUGUAGCUGUUAUUCCAAAGCCUCUAUCUGAUAAAAAGUUUAAUUCUUCAAACAAAUAUGACAGUUUUGGUAAAAGAAGACUGCAGAAGCUUUCUUCCAUCUCCAGCCUAAACGAAGAUGAAAACGGUAGUAAAUCGGGUAGUGUGUCAAGUAGAACUUCAGUGUCUUCAGCCUUAGGAGCGUUUAACUUCGUAGACGAGUUUUCCGAUCUAGACGAGAAAGUUUUUACGGGCUCUAUAUCAAAGAAUUUUUCGUUGAAGGACGAGGACUUCUUUAAUGAAUUAUAUGGCAUACACCAUUUGGAAGAUUUUCAAAUUAAAAAGAACCAGUCUGUUAGUAGCUUAAGAAGUCUUAGCAGCCUUCCUGGCUUCUUAAAUUCUGGUAGUGGUAUGAGGAAAUGGGUGAAUACUGAAGACUUAGAUGAACUUUCCAUUUCUGAAGAUCCUAAUUGUAGAUGGGUGAUUGGUGAUUCUGAACCAGAAUCCUUAUCGUCUCAUCAAGCUCUAGAUAGUUUAGCCUCUAUCACGUCUUGCUCAAUAGAUACUUUAACGGAUUCUAAGGAUGUUAUAAAACCUUUCGGUUCUACAGAUAGUGGUAUAGCUCCUGAGACGAAUGAAAAGUUAUCAGAAGUAGAAGAUUUGCGACCAAUUACUCCCCCACCUCCCCCUCUUUUUGUGGACGAACCAACGGAAGUUGUAGAACCUGAGAAGGAACCACACGACAAACAUCAAGAAAAAGUGGAAGAAAGGUUAGAAGAAGUAGAAGCUCAUGUAAUCGAGGAAAUAGAAAAACCUAUAGAAUCUAUUUCAGAAACUAUCACAAAUAAAAAUGAAAGACUGACAGAACUUAGCAUCGAAACUGAAAAAGAAAACUUAGAAGAAAUAGACUGGCAAUACCAAUUACCUUCACCUCCAAAGGCUUUUAGAGAUUCAAGUCCGAUACGAAAUGAAGAUACUCUGUCCGAGACACAGUCUGUAUCGGUAACUGACUUUAAAGAUUCUGUGGUAACUUCUCCAGAACUUUUCGAAAAGCUCAAAUCAAUUGAGGACACUCAAUCCGUUCAAUCUGUUAGCACGUUUGUUGGAGAAGAACCUCCGCUAAAUACCCUUUCACUGGAAAAUUUAGAGAAACGUAAAUCUCUAGUAUACAAUCGAGAAUUAUCCACGAGUUUAAAAAUGAACGAAGAAGAUACUUUUUCCCACUCCUUGAAUAAAUUUGAAAGAACAUUCAUUGAGGUCCAAAAAUCUAGUCAGAAAGAAAUGAGAGAACCUAAGUUCGUACCCAAAUCAAAUACAAAUACGUUGCCCAAUUUCAAAAUAUCCACCUACGACAGGCCUAAACAAAAAAUUAAAGUUUUUGAAGAUGAUACCGUAAGAAGUAACACCGAAUACAUUAACAGGUCUAAAGAGACGGUCAUAGAAAGACAGACCUACUCGUCUACUUUAAACAGGUCUUUUGCAGCAACAUCAAUGGAAAAUAUAUCUGCAAGAAAAACAAGUGUGGAGAGCCAACCAGAAGAAAGAGAAUACAAUUUCUUUCGUCCUGAUAAAGUUAACACCGCUAGAAAUUUUGGACCAGUUUCAAGUGUCUUUCGUUCAGAAUCAUUUUCGAAAGACAACACAUGGUCUCCGCCUAAACCUGUUUCUAGAUCUAAAUCAUUUUUAGCCCUUAACUGGCAAGGUAAAUAUAAAAUUGAAAAACAAAAUAAAGAAGAAGGAAUAGAAAGGAGUAAUAGCUUGUACGAUGUAUCAGGACUACAAAGUUUAGGGAUGAGGCUUAUUCAGAAUAAACUAAAUACCCCAACAACAUCACUUGAAAAUAUUAACGCACCGGAUCAGUCAAAAACCAAAAUCGAUCCUCCAAGAGAAACGCCAAUCACAAAAUUAUCUCCCGUAGAAACGAUCCAGAAACCUCUGUCAACCGAAAGAAUUUAUAAAUAUCGGGGACCACCUUCUAUCAAUAUGGGUACAUGGUCUGACCGUCCAAAGGUUCCAGUUAGUGUGAAAGAGGACGAAGACUAUACUCUUGGGAACAACGUAUCUACUAAACUAAUAGUUAAUACCACUAAUAACAAUGUUACUAGUAAUAACCGAAUAGAAAUAAAAACUAACAACAAAGAAGUACAAUCCUCAAACGAACCAAGUAUAAGCAUUAAAGUAAACGGUUCUGAAGUGCCCACUACGACAACUGAUACCAAAACUGGCAACGUUGUAAUUAAAAUAGGCCCUAGUUCUAAUUCACAACCUAAAAUAAUAGAUAAUCAAACAUUUAUUAAUCACACAACUGCUGUAGGUUAUAGAAAACCCUUUAACGAUAUUAAUAAAAACCAAAGGCCGUACUCUAUAGCCUUCAGUUCCGAAUACGACAUGUCCAGAGUGCCAGUAGUUAGAUCUGUAGAACUUAAAAAACCUUUUAAAGAAUUCGGUAACACUAGUGUAACUCAAAUAUCUCAAGAAACUGCAGCAGAUAAUAAACCACAAAAUGGUUUCUUAGAAGAGAGGAAAGCCGCCCUUAGAAUAAAUAGUUUCAUACCCAACGGUACACCAGUUGUCAGAGGUUUCAAAAGCUUACCUAAAGAAAAAGAAUCAUUCCAACCAAACUCACAAGUGCCUUUUUCACAAGUCACUCUUCGACGAACGGAAUCCAGUAAAAUCUUAAACGAACCGAAAGAGCCUGAGGUAAAACCGCCUCCUCCGCCAAUGAUGCCCAAAGUUAACCUUAAGAAGCCCACUAUUAAACACAUUGAGCCUAGUUUGGAUCCCAGAGAUCAAUUACUAUCUCAAAUACGUAAUUUUGGAGGCAAAAAAGGACUGAAGUCUGUCAAAGUUUAAUUAGUUUUUUUAUGUUAUUUAGAAAGUUGGGUAACAUCUUGCCGAUUUUCUUACAUUUUUAUCAAAAUAAGAAUACCAUUUAUUUCCUGUAUUGUAUUUUAUUUAUUUUAUUUACUAUUAUCUGUACAUUUUAAAGAGACAGUAUUUGUUAUUCAUUGGGAACAAGAUAAAAUAAUUGUUAAAUAAAGGAAAGUAAAAAAUAUUACAUACUAUCUUUAAAGGAAAUUAAUCACAAUUGAAAAUACUUUUAUUUUGACAUUUCGAUUUGCAUUUUGAAAAUGUUUCUCAAAAAUUCUGAAGUUGAAAUCGAAACGUAAAAAUAAACCUAUUUUAACUAAAAUUGUGCUUAAUUCCCAUUAAAGAUAAUAAAUAACAUUAAAAUGCCACAAGAAAAGAGACCAUGCCACAAAUCCAUAUUAAGUAAAAGAUUGGCAUCCCCACCUCCCACCACUAUUUUUUGUCUAUAAUAUUUAAUAAUUAUAUUUUUUUCAUCGAUAAUCAAGUAAUAUUAUUUUUAUAUAAGUCGUUACUUCUAUACUUAUUUACAUUAGUUUGUUGUACGGUAUGGCAUUUAUAUAUAUAUAUAUAUAUAUAUAUAUAUAUAUAUAUAUAUAUAUAUAUAUAUAUAUAUAGCGCUACAGGCCUUGUAGGCCCAUAGCUUCUAAAAACUUGGUUAUUUCCCUCCAUUUUUUCGGUCUUUUGCUUUCUCCAAUUUCACGCCUAUUUCUAACAAGUCUUACUUCACUGCUUCCAACCAAUUCUCUUUCGUACUUCCUCUUCUUUUUUCCCAUUUCUUCCUUCUUCAGUAUUGUGUUAACAUUUCGAUUCUCUGGCAUUCGUAUAAUGUGACCAAGCCAUCCAGCUCUUUGGGCUCGUAUUUUUGCCCUAAUUGCUGCCUGCUGGUUUUCGAUACAUGCAUCCUCAUUAUUUCUUUAUUUCUGUCAAAUAUAGUGUAUUAUAUAAAGAUCGUACAUGUUUGAUUUAUUUCUUCUCAUAUAUUGCUUCUUACUGGAAGUAUAUUUUAUGUAUUUAAGUGAAUGCAAAUCUCUUAUACAAGAAUAUUAAAAAAUUUUCAUUAAGUUACAAAAUUAAAAUUGUUUGAUAUAAGUAGAUUGAAAAUAUAUCAAAUCUUGAAUUAAGCUGUCGUAAGCAGUAUCCGAGGAAAUAGGUAUAUAAUUAUAUUGUAGUAUUUUCCAUUACUUUCAUGGAAACAUACAAAAUCUAAAUUAUCUUUUUAAUUCUAAGGCAAACUUGGCGAGGUGUUACACCCGUUAUAUUAUUAUGUGUAUAAAGUUAUUGUGAAUAUGUAUUCUGAAUAAAGUAGUCAUGUGUAUUAUCAUUUUAAAAGCUCAAUAUUUUAAACGUAAGCUUGUAUAUUAAUACAAUUUUGUAAAGAAAUAUCUUUUUACCACUUAGUAGAUAUAUACUUAAUAAAGGUAACAUUUUUUUUGUUUGUCUAUAUAUGUGCAACAUUUUCUUGCUCUAACUAUCUAUUUUGCGAGACAUAGAACUUAUAGGGACCAAAGGUUUUGUGGAAUAUUUUUAUUUAUUUGUUACAUACUCAAUACUGUAUUGUUUUAAAAUUAAUAAAUUAUUUAAUUACUA